GAAGUGAGAAAAACAAUGAGGUCCCUAAUGGCCUCUUCUCUCAUCCUUGCAUUGGCAAUGCUUUCUUCUCUAAGCUUGCAAAUCUCCGCUGAUAACUACCUCUACUCAUCACCCCCACCACCCAAGUCUCCGCCGUACCAUUACUCCUCCCCUCCUCCGCCGCCUAAGAAGGCACCUUACUACUAUCACUCUCCACCACCACCCCCUAAGAAGCCUUACUACUAUCAUUCUCCACCACCACCGGUGUCUUCACCUCCACCACCCUACUACUACCAUUCUCCACCUCCGCCGGUGUCUUCACCACCACCACCAUAUUACUACCAUUCUCCUCCUCCACCACCUAAGAAGCCUUACUACUACCAUUCUCCACCUCCACCACCAAAGAAGCCUUACCAUUACUCAUCACCACCGCCGCCGCCAUACCAUUACUCAUCUCCUCCACCACCACCAAAGAAACCCUACAAGUACUCAUCACCACCACCACCACCACCGGUUCACAUUUACCCCCCUCACCCACACCCUCAUCCUCAUCCUCAUCCACACCCACACCCAUAUCCACACCCUCAUCCUCACCCAGUGUACCACUCUCCGCCACCACCAAAGAAGCCUUACACGUACCCAUCUCCUCCACCUCCGGUCCACCACGUACACCCUCACCCAGCGUAUCACUCUCCUCCACCGCCCUACAAGAAGCCUUACAAGUACUCAUCUCCUCCACCACCGCCAUACAAGUAUCAGUCUCCACCACCACCACCACACUACGUUUAUGCAUCUCCUCCCCCUCCUUACCACUAUUAGAUAACUUAGUUUAGCACUCUUGGGUAUGAGGAGAGAAUAUAUAAAUAUGUGAAAAUAAAGAAAGCGAUAGAUGGGGAUUGAAGAGGAAUGAAUGAAGAACACACAAGAAGAGAAGAAGAUUAUUAUGCAAUUGCAAUGGAAGCAAAGUUUCCGCGUUUGGGCUUGCAUAAUAAUAACAAUAAUAUAAGGCGUUAGUUUUAUUAUAUGUUUCUAUCAUAGGAUUGGUUCAAGUCAUUUUCUAUGCUUUUGUUUAAUUUACGAAUUAUGCUUUGUAUUUUCUAUUUUGACAGUUGUAAAGCACUGCUGCUUAUAUAUAUAAAAUUAUGGAUGAUGUGUGAUGGUCCAUGCACGCUUUCCUGUUACUCAAUAGGACAAAUGCAUGCAUUGUAGUUUUCAACCUCUGCUGCAUUUUGCAGGGGGUUGUAAAACUAAUUAUAUGUCAAAAUUAAAUAAAAUCUAUUCUCCCA